AUGCGAUUAAAAAUAGGUCAGGGGCAAAAUGCUUCCUCGCGCGUCAACCCCCCCCCCCCCCCCCGGGUCUGGUUUUCCCGACUGCCACCAAACCUCCACAGCCACCGCCACACCGCAACCCAGCCCACCGGACCGGACCGGAUCGCACCGCCGCUCCUCCCUUUUCCCUUCCCGACCAUCCCCCGCCGUUUGAACCGCUGGCUUUCGCCCGAAACAGCUCGGAUUUGGCCGGUUUUGCUCCGAAUUUCAAACCUCUCGAUCUCUCUCCUCCGGCCACCAAAUCAGUCGAGUAAGGCCUGUUUUGCUUUCACUUCAUUUGUGUUUGGAGACUCUUUGGUUGAUGCAGGAAACAACGACUACAUGUUCACUCUCUCAAAGGCAGACUCUCCUCCUUAUGGCAUUGAUUUUAACCCUUCCGGUCUACACCCCACCGGUCGAUUCACAAAUGGUCGAACCAUUUCAGACAUUGUAGCAAGUGUUGUCUCUUUUCGGAUGAGUUCAAUAGGAUUUGAGAAUGCAAAUGAGCCAUGUUGUGGUGGGUACUUUCCACCAUUUAUUUGUUUCAAGAGCAGUGGUACAAACAGAAGCUCUGCGUUGUGUGCCGAUCGAUUGAAGUAUGUGUUCUGGGAUGCAUAUCAUCCUACAGAAGCUGCAAAUAUGAUCAUAGCCAAGGGGUUACUUGAUGGGGAUGAAAGUGUUUGCUAUCCCAUUAACAUCCGUGAGCUUUACAACUAUAACUCCUAGUGUGACAUAUAUUUAUAGCCUACUUCAAAUUGUUGAACCAAAAUUGUAAUGUAGGCAGGGAAUGAAUUGAACUAAAAUGUUUAUGUUUGAUCAUAAUGUUAAGUCAUUGAAUGAAUAUCAAGAAGGGAAAUUGAUGGAAUAA